AGAAACUAAGAUGGACAAAAGAAAAUAUUAUAAUUGGACAAAACAGAGUCAUUUGAGAUUUAAAACAGAGAAGUAAUAAAGGUCAAAUGUUUUUGUGGUGAGCUCUCAAAAACAGACAUAAAAAAAAGAAGCAGAAUCAUUCCCAUUUAUAACAAACCUAAACCUCUCUUUUCUUCUUCUCUUUACCUUUUUCAUUCCAAAAUCUCUCUCUCUCUCUCUCUCUUUCUCUGGCUCGGGAAGAAGAUGUCACGUAGUUGCUCACAGUGUGGAAACAACGGCCACAACUCUCGCACAUGUCCGACGGACAUAACUACCACCGGUGACAACAACGACAAAGGCGGCGGGGAGAAAGCCAUCAUGCUUUUUGGCGUCCGCGUCACGGAAGCUUCAUCAUCUUGUUUUAGAAAAAGUGUUAGUAUGAACAAUCUCUCUCAAUUCGAUCAAACUCCUGAUCCCAACCCAACCGAUGACGGUGGUUACGCUUCAGACGACGUCGUUCACGCCUCCGGUAGAAACCGUGAACGCAAACGAGGAACUCCAUGGACAGAGGAAGAACAUAGAUUGUUUCUUACUGGAUUGCAUAAAGUUGGAAAAGGUGAUUGGAGAGGAAUCUCUAGAAACUUUGUUAAAACUCGAACACCUACUCAGGUAGCGAGUCAUGCUCAGAAAUAUUUUCUCCGGCGGACUAAUCAGAAUCGUCGUCGUCGUAGAUCAAGCCUCUUCGAUAUCACUCCCGAUUCGUUUAUAGGAUCAUCAAAAGAAGAGAAUCAGUUACAGACUCCAUUGGAGCUAAUCCGUCCAGUUCCGAUUCCUAUUCCGAUUCCACCGUCGCGGAAGAUGGCUGAUUUGAAUCUUAACAAGAAAAAAACUCCAGCGACAACGGAGAUGUUUCCGCUGUCGCUGAAUUUGCAGAGGCCGUCUUCGUCGACAUCGUCAUCGUCCAAUGAACAGAAGGCACGUGGCUCACGUGCCUCCUCGGGGUUCGAGGCGAUGUCGAGUAAUGGAGAUAGUAUAAUGGGAGUGGCUUGAUGAAGAAGAUAAUGUUUUAAUUAAUUUAUAUUGUAUAAGAUAAGAUCUGGAUGAUGAUUAAUUUGAAAUUUGAGAAUUAGGCUAAUUAGAUACUUUGAUCAGAAUCAAGUGAGUUUUUAAGUUUGAAUUAGUGUGUACAUGUUUUUUUGCUCUUUUUGGGGGAAACGACUUGUCGUUUUUGUUGUUGUAUGAUGUAAAACAACAGGUAGUCUCUGUGUUGUUUUGGUCAAGACUUGAUCAGAUUCAGAAGUGAAGACGACUUCAAGCUUAAGAUAGUUUAGAUGUGUCUUUUGAAAAGUUUAAACAGAAUGGUUAUUGGGUUAAGGUUAAGUGUAUCUCAUAUGCUUUUUCUAUCUUUUUUUUUGGUAAGACUUUUCCAGUAAUUUGCCGUUUUCUUCGGGGUGUGUGUUGUUGAUAAUGUCACAUUCAUGAACCAAACACAGUUAUAUUACUUUAGUAACAGUUUUUUUUUGUUUUUUUGUUUGUCGUUUGACGUCAUUUUGUUUUAUUUAUGUUAUUACAUACAUGGAUAUAAUUUAUGAAACUGCCAAGAAAACAAAGAAUAUAAUUUGUUGAAUUGUUAUUGGCCUACCAACUAUAUCAGCAAGAUUCGAAUCUAUACUUUGUUAAAAUGUCUCAAUGUAGGACUGGACUGGAGAUAAAUAUAAAGUAAUAUAUAGGGUAAAGUUUCUAAG